AUUGUGGUAAGAAUUUUAAGUGUAUGUGCGUUUUUACCCUGUGUUAAAACACAAAAACUACACUAUGUUUUCAUAUAACCAACAAUUGGUGUCCGCCGUACUAUCGGUACUAAUGGUGGCCACAAUCACACGGUUUACGGCCGGCGACUUCGGGUGCGGACUUAUGCCCAACUCGUGUAACUACGAGUGCUUUGGCCACUGUGUUAAUGCCGGGUAUGGUUCGGGUGGUUGUCAUGGGUCGAAAUGCAUGUGCGCCUGGGAUGUGAUCAAUGAGACGGCACAGGCGCUGGCCCUGCAAAACAGCAACACUGGUUCACUCAACACAAACAACAAUAAUAAUAACCAGAAUAAUCCUAAUGUAAAUUUUAACCCUGCUCAACAACAGCAGCACAAUAAUAAUAAUAAUAACUUCCCAAAUAAUAACCAUAAUAAUAAUAACAAUAAUUUCCCAUUAAAUAACCAACAUUCA